CCUGAACCCGAGCCUGAGCUGCCGAAUUGGUUCGUGUAUUAGGUCGCUGAGGGGGAGGUAGGUGAAAGCAGAGAACCAGCAGCUAGCAGGAGCUCGUUGGUUCCCUCAUCGAUGACGAGCAUCUCCGCUGCCCUCGCCAUCUCCCACUCUCCAACCCUCUCCUUUGCCCGCACUUCUCCCAUCUCCACAUCACCGUUCAAGAGGACACUGGGAUGUCCACUCAAGUGCUGGGCGGGGCCUUCUCCAGAGGUGGAUACGGAGGAUUCAAAGAAGACUUCCCUUUGGGGCAUUUCUACAUCCACUUGGUGCGCGGGGCUUGGAACCCUUGGGUUCCUUGAGACCGGGUAUCUUACCUACUCGAAGCUCACUGAUUCUGAAGCCUUCUGCCCUGUCGGAGGCGGCAGCUGCAGCGACGUCCUUAACAGCGACUACUCCUUUGUUUUUGGUACUUCUCAGAGAAACCGUUGCUCUUAUAUUCGGUUUCUCCUAAUCUUACCAAGUGUUCCUCUUCCGCUGGUUGGUAUGCUUGCAUAUGGAUUGGUUACAUUGCUUUCUCUGCAGCAGACUAGGAAGCAUUUGCUCAAUGGACUUGGUGAAGCUGAUGCACGCUUGAUUUUACUUGGGACGACUACCUCAAUGGCAACAGCAAGUGCUUAUUUUGUGUAUCUUCUAAGCACAACAUUUGCUGGAACAUCUUGUUCAUACUGCCUGAUCUCCGCUGUUCUAUCCUUCAUCUUGUUUUUCAUUACUGUCAAGGACUUUGGUCUGGAAGAAAUCCAAAAGGUGGUGGGUUUACAGUUAGUUAUUGCCGGCAUAGUUGUUAGUGCUUUAACAAAUUCAUAUACAACAGCUACUCAACAGUUUUCUGGCUCAAAUGACAUUACUCUUGAACCAUAUGAAAUUAAGAUAACGAGCAAAUCAACCCCAUUUGCUAUAUCUCUUGCAAAAUACCUGCGUUCCAUAGGUGCUAAGAUGUAUGGAGCUUUCUGGUGCUCUCACUGUAAUGAACAGAAGCAGAUGUUUGGGCGCGAGGCUGCAAAAAUAUUGGACUACGUUGAGUGCUUCCCCGAUGGAGCUGGGAAAGGAAGAAAAAUGGCAAAGGAAUGUAGUGCUGUUGGUAUUGAAGGCUUCCCGACAUGGGUUAUAAAAGACAAGGUUUUAAGUGGGGAACAGGAAUUACCAGCUCUGGCAGAAGCAUCUGGAUUUAUUCUUGCAGACUUUUAUCCUUCUUAAGCCUUGAACCAAGCCAUGGAGAAACAUUCCCAAGCUGAACGAUUGAGAUCCGCCUUAGGAAGCAAGCAUGUGAUUAUUUGUAGCCGCAUUGCCUACUGGGGAACUACUCAGCCCAAAUAUAUAAAAAUCUCUGGCUGUUUUUUUUGUCAAUCCUCACGCACAUAAUUGUUUAUGAGAAAGUUGAAGGACAAAUUUACAAUAGCAGUCCUUGAUCCAAGGAGAAUACUGUACUAUUCUCAGGCUAUGCAGAAGUUUGAAACUGCACCUGUACAGAGAGAAUUUGGUGUCUAAUGAUGUACGCCUGGACAAAUAUUAUUGAGAAUGUAAUCGGAAGCCUGGACAAUAAUACGUCAACACUUUGUAGUAUGUGGUUUUUUUUAGUACAUACGAAUAAAAUUUUAAAUUCCGUAAAA